AUGGCGCUCUUCCUUUUGCUUGACCUGCUGUUGCUGCUAGUGGUCACCCCUUCCACUUCGGUCAAGAACUGCCACCCAGGCUGCCACUGCGACGUGGAAAACUUUGGCCUUUUUGACAGCUUCAGCCUGACCACAGUAAACUGUCAAGGAUUGGAAAGUGGCACCACCAUGCCUGUGCCCAUACCGCUGGACACCGCCUACCUGGACCUGUCCUCUAAUGCCAUGGGCCCGCUCACCGAUACCAUGCUGGCAGGGCCAGGCUACACCACCCUUGUAAGCUUGGACCUGAGCAACAACCACAUUACAAUGGUAAGUUCCAAAGCUUUCUCCAAGCUUUAUUACCUGGAGAUUCUGGAUCUGAGCCACAAUGAGUUGGAGGCCCUCUCAUCAGGCUGCUUCUCUGGUCUCCCUCUGGCUGAAGUGGAUCUCAGCUACAACAAUUUCCAGGACUUUGACAUGGGUGCGUUUGCGGUUAAAGUAAACGGCAAACCUGUUAGCGUGGAUCUGUCACACAACAAACUUGUAUCAAUUUCUGCAAUGCCGCAUGGGAAACUUGUACACAUUCAAAGGUUGAAUCUAACUGCGAAUCGUUUUUCAAGCGUACCAAAGCUGGCAGGACUUGAUAUCCUGAGAUACCUCAAUCUCGAUAAAAACCCAAUCGUUACCAUUAAAGAGGGGGACUUUGCUCACCUUAAAGAUUUGGUUUACUUAUCCCUCAGCGGCCUUCAUGAGCUUGAGAAAAUUGAGAUGCACAGUUUUAAAAAUCUCCAGAGCCUUCAAGUGUUGGAUCUCUCCAACAAUCCCAAACUGAAGACAUUAAGCCCAUCUGUUUUCAACAGACUGAAAUCGUUGCAGGAGCUGAAUUUAUCCGGCUCUGGGCUGACGUCCUUGCCAAACAACAUACUCUCUCACCUCCCCAGUAUCAAGAGCAUUACACUAGGACAGAACAUCCGCUGCUGGAGGUCCCAGAAACAAGGACAGUUUCACCGGCAGCUGGGUCAGACCAAACACUACGAAGUGCUCAACUGCAACCGGAAUGGUGUUUUGUUGUGA